UGUACAAGAUGUCGCCAAAAUAAGAUACAGUAGUACUAUUUCCCAAAGUUUGGCUCGCGGUAAGCUAAAUAGAUCAAUUUUAAAGUCAAGAAAAGACAAAAGAAGGCAUCACACACGGUCCUUUUGCAAGUGUCAUAGAUCAAAAAAGCAAAGGAGAAGGGAAAUCUAAGAACAACCAAGAGAUGUCAUCAACUCAUGUUUGUCUCUCGGUAAUUAUCUCUCUUUAUUACUGCUAUUUCCUAUCUGCCAAAAUUCCAAAAGGUAUUCCAAGGCUCAUUUCUCUUCUACCCAUUUUUUACCUCUUCACCAUUCUUCCACUUUACUUUUCAUCUGCAUUUCUUAUAGCACUCACCACUUUCUUCAUAACUUGGCUUGCCAAUUUCAAGCUCCUCCUCUUUGCCUUUAAUCAAGGCCCUCUUUCUCUCUCCACAAAAAAUGCAACAAAAAAAUUAUCUCUUCCCAUUUUCAUUUCUAUGGCUGCCCUUCCCCUCAGAUCCAAACAACAUAAUCUUAAAUCCAAUGAGCCAAACCCCACCAAGAAAAUCCCUUUAAAUUUAGCUGCAGAAUUUGUCCUCCUUGCAAUAUUCUUGGAGUUGACUUUUCACCACAAAAGUCAAAUCCAUCCAAAUUUAGUCUUGAUUUGCUAUUGUUUUAUGGUGUUUCUUAUGAUCGAUAUUCUUGUUGCAUUAUCUAGCUCUAUUGCUAAAAUCUUGGUUGGGCUAGAGCUAGAGCCACCUUCAAAUGAACCUUAUUUGUCAACUUCCCUUCAAGAUUUUUGGGGGAAGAGAUGGAACCUCACGGUAACAAAUACGCUGCGUCUCACCGUAUACAACCCCGUGAGGUCAGCAUUGUCGGAGGUGAUCGGUAAAAACUGGGCCCUACGGGUUGCCGUGCUUGCAACGUUUGUCGUUUCCGGUUUGAUGCAUGAACUGAUAUUUUAUUACGUUAACGGUGUGAGCCCCUCGUGGGAAAUGACGUUGUUCUUUGUGCUUCACGGGCUGUGUGUAAUGGUGGAAAUUGGUGUGAAGAGAGCUGUGAAGGACACGUGGCGGUUGCCGUGGUUCGUUUCCGGGCCGUUAACGGUUGGGUUUGUGGUGGCCACUGCUUUUGGGCUUUUCUUCCCACCGAUAAUUAGGAAUGGUGCAGAUGAAAGGGUACUUGAAGAAGUUGGGACUUGCUAUGAUUUCAUCAAAACGAAAAUGCUUCAAUUGCCGAAUUUUGUGGGUCAUUUUAGAUAAAUUGAUUUACUUUAUUUGCAAUGAAAAUUUUAUAAUGCAUCUAUUUUGGUUUCUAGUCCUUCGAACAAACUUUAUAGUUUAAUGAAUUUUCUUUUGUUA